CAUAUACUUGCACCGUAACUGUCUGAGUCUGAGAGUGAUGUCAUCUCAAAGAGCCUGUGCGUCAUAUUGACCGUAGUCUGUGUGUGUCUGGCACACGACGGCUCAAAUGGGAAGCUAGAGAUAGUUUAAAAGUAGGAGAGACACAGUAGGCUGCACAGAGAUAUAAAGAACACACAGGGGAAAAAAGGAAGACGGACUGAAGCUGGCGUUCUCUGAUAAGGAUAUCAUGAAGCUGCAGACUGUAUCUGUUUUGGUCUGCCUUUUUGGUGCUAGCCUUUCACUUCCUUUAUACCAACAGCAAAUUGGAAUCCUCGCAAGUAACAGCAAUGAGAUCCUGCGAUUCAAUGGACUCACCCUGACAGGUGGAGGCUUUGGGCAAACACAAAUGCAGGCUUCUCCGUUCAUGCCCCAGUACGUGAUCCAGCAGCAGCCUGAACUGGGUCUCCCCCAGAUGGUGAACUUUAACCCCCAGGUGGGAGGCCCUUUCGGCCCCCAGAUGAUGUUCCCUACACAGGGGAACCAGCUGCCCCCCGUGCUGUACACCAAUGCCCAACAGGAGCAGCCUGGGGCCCCCCAGGACCCCAACAACCACAAUAUCCCAAAUAACCCCCAGCAACCUCAAAACCCUGCACAGGGGAUUCCCCAGUUUCCUCAGUACUACCCAUCCUUUUCAUUUCCCCAGCAACCAAGAAUGCAGGGCUACCCCUACUACAUGUCUUAUGGUUACCCCAACUACCCCCAGCCUAACCAGAACAACCAGGUGAACGGGCAGAACCAGCAGAACUUGGAGAAGACCCCUCAGAAACCACAGCUCCCACUACAGGCUGCCCAACCUCAGGCACCAGGAAAGACAUGGCCUAAAAGAUUCCAGACAGAGGCUGCCAACCCUCCACCAGAUCACCGUGGGGACACAGUUGACCCUGGCAUAGAUGAGGGUCGUCCCAACUUCUCACUCCUGUUUGAGCCAUAGAAUUGUAUGUGGGGGCAAGGAAAAUUGAGGUAGGGUAACAUUAGGGCCAUUUCCAGGUUUUUAAUAUGGGAAGGAGACAUAUUUUCAACUGAACAUCUGAAAUGUAUUCAUAUCAGGAAUAUACUGUACUUCCAUUUACGUGUUUCUUUUUUUGUUUAAUCUUUAGGGAUCGGCACAUCAAUCCCAGAUUCCUACUCCUAUAUUUAAGAUCUGAUUUCAGUUACAAUAUGAUACAUUUUCUAUUGUCAAAUAAAUCCAUUAUCAAGCAAAA